UUCAGAGGACAGGAGACAUUCAGAGGAAUGGGUGUCAAGGGAUUACACAAAUUUUUGACCAGUUACAAAUUAAAAUACGAAGAAAAAUCGGUAUUUCACUCUCAAAUCCUCCUAAUCGAUGGAUCAAACUUGAUGUACUUUCUCUUCUUUAAACACAACGGCAAUUAUGGGGAUCACUUAUUCGGAGGAAAUUUCAACUCCUAUGCCGCCGAAAUUCGCACGUUUUUCGACCAGUUAGAUAAAUCCAUGAUUCAGCCAAUUGUAAUAUUUGAUGGUGCUACUGAAAAGGAAAAAGUUAACACGGUUCUCAAAUCCUUUCGGGACUGGUUGCUAAAAAGCUACAAAGCUGACGUGGAUCACAUUGUUGCCAGAAAUAUGCAACACUCGGUUUGGAAAAGUGCCAUCAUGCACGAUGUUCUCCGUGAGUUGAACAUUCCCCAAUUUCAAACCCUUUGGGAAGCCGACGACACAAUCGCCCUUGCCGCUAAGGAGCUAAAUUGUGCAAUUCUUUCGUCUGAUUCUGACUUUCACGUUUAUUAUAACGGCCUCAAAGUCGUUGACAUCGAGUCAUUCUCCCAUCGCGGUUUGGCAUCCUCGCAAAAUUGGAGAGAUUCAACACCCACUGGACAAAUUACCGGAUUCGAUGCAUGUUUUAUCAACUCUGCAAAAAUCUGGGAGGCAGAAUUCGGUAUUCGAGACGUUCGCCUCCUCUCCCUAGCGACCUGCCUGAUUGGAAACGACUACGAACCCUCUACUUUUUCAACUUUUGUCGCCCAGCUUGAGGGAUGCGACAUUGCGGAAACGUAUUCCCAAAACAUCAAGGCAAUUCUUGUUUGGAUUGGGCGCCAGGACUCGUUUAACUCAGCGCUAGCUGCUGUGAUUGAAACUAUUGAGAUAUCAGAACGCGAAGAUGUCAAUAACAAGGUGUCAUUCGUCGUGAGAAGCUACACCGGCGGAAAUGCGGAGAUCGAAGUUUUACAAAGAAUUCAAGUCUUCCUUCUAGCCAAAAUGGGGACAAGUUUUAAUACAAAAAAGUGCGAAGACGAUACAAUUAUUCAAAAAGGGGAGUGUCCAGGAGAACAACUGUUUCAAAACUUAACCUUGAAAGAAGAUAAUUCUGAAGCGGUGGAGAAAACACAUGGUUCUGACCAUUUAUCCAACCACAACGUGGAAAUUGUGGCUGACUCCUCAUCCAUCCACCUCCCUCCUUGGUUCCUCGAUCUCUACGCGACCUGUCAACUACCCGCAGGUUUGCUGAAAAUCGCUUACACUAAAACUGUCCUCCUCUACCCACAAUUCGAACUUGACUCUGCCCCACCAUCGCAAUCCAUCGCAAUCCCAUUUAUUCAGUACACCGCUCGUAUAAUUCUGGGAGAAGAUACCAUCUUCUUGAUAACGCAUGAAGGGAAAGAAGUAAAGACGAUCAGCGUUUCCACCGAAUCCCCGAUAAAAGAACGAUGCCCUUCUCUUCAAAAUAUGGACACCAUUUCACUCUUCGCAAAAUGUGACUAUUUAUUUAGGUCACUUUCUUCAAAUAAUGAGGAAAUCGAAUUCAUUAACCGACAUCCUCCACAAAUUCAGUUAUCUAUGGGGUGUGCUUUUUAUUUGGUGAAAACACUGAAAUCUCUCCAUUCCGUCGGAGUAGCUAUUGCCGUCAUGAUAUCGUCCCUAGAACAGUUUGUCAGUAAGCAACUAAGUCAAGGAUGCAAGAAACAAGACGACGAUAACUGGCGUUCAAGUAGAUUUCGCAGCAUGGCAGAAAUUUUGUCACAAGAUUGUAACCCAAGAGGAAAAACGGCUCGGUUUUUUCGGUACUUUCAGCAAGCUCCGGACUGCAGAAAGGAUCACCUUUUUCGAGAAAGAUACGACAAGUGGAGAGUUUAUGUCUACACGCAGUACAAAUGUAUCCUCUAUUGGGCCACGAUGCUGAAUAAAGUUUUGCAAAAUCCAUUACGACAGGGAAAGGUGCCAGAUUGCUAUCUGAUUUACAACACGACGACAAGAAUUGCAGAGAUGGAGAACAGGUUUUUGGACUUUGUUUGGGAGAAUUUUGAUACAGGGUCUUCCAGCAUUUUGCAAGAUUUUGUAAAGUUUGUUUGCAAAAUUGGUGACGUCCGUUGCAACGGUGAAAGGAGUGCAUAUACAACACGUUCAACACGUGGGAAAGGCUUCAUCAGAUAAUAUUUUACUAAUGAUUAUGAAGGAAUGAUAUAUAUGUAAGUAAUUAUUGUGAAGCUUUUGAAAAAUCGGUAGUGAUACCUAUGUAAGUAGUUUUCAGCAAUCGAUUGAUUGCAUGAUUCAUUGUAUAUUCAUCAGGAACACUAUUUAUGUAUACGUAUUACCGAAUCUCAGAUAUUGGAAGAACAUUUAUAUGUAUGUACAUACGUCGUUAUGGCAUGUUACAUAAAAAUGUAACCAGGUCAAUAAUAAAUACGUGUAUCAUUAGUCAAAGAUUUGUGCCCAAAAUUUGCUAGUUUGUGCAUACAUUUUUUUACUAUGCUAGUAUUCAAAUACAUUAUCAUAGACAAAGUACUCGUCAUUACUUCGACCCAGAUGUAAGUGUUGCGUAAGGAAGAAAAAUUUUGGAAUGAAACAAAUUAUGUCAUGUUAAGCUAACAAUGCAGAUCUUUCACAUGUAAAACUCAGAUUUCCAUGGGAUCAAUUUUAUUUGGUUUACCACAAAAAAAAUGCUGUAAAAUAGUAAUUGCUUAAUUUCAGCAACGAAGGAAAAAUAAUAUAUACACGAAAUUAUGUCAUGUUUUUAUAUAUGUCACAAUAUUGACGACGAUAUUAUAUAAAUACUAAUAGUAGGUAUAUGUGGGUUAAAGAUA